AUGCAGAUCACCAUAGGAAUUGCCGUGCGCCGACAUAGGUCGAUCCAUCCCUCUCCAGCCCAGCAACAGUACCUCAAAACACCUCUGCAAAGUUUGGACAACAUAGUCUCAUCAACCACCUACCUCCUUACCCUCCCUCUUCUCCUGGGACCGGCGUUGUCAGCCCAGGUCUGCCCGCGCCUCCCAGGCAUCCAAACCUUCUCAAUCACCGCGCAACCCGGCCCAGCCAACGGCCGCUUCACCUCGUGCGACAGCGGCUUCGACAGCCCCAAAGUCCAGGUCGUGAACAUCACCACCUACGACUGGUGGUACUUCGACGCGAUCGGCAGCGACAGGAGCUUCACCAACGUGGACUUAGUGCAGAUCUCCGGCACCAUCGCCGACUUCCUGUUCGCCGAGGAUGCGGCCCUCGUGGCCACCGUAAGCGACGGGUCGAGCGGGUGCUGGCCCGGAUCUGUCCGAUUCUCUCGUCAUGCUGGAGGCGAGUCACCUGGGCUUCGAGGAGACCUUCUCGAUGCACUCGGUCGCGCCCCCGCACUACCCCUGCAGCCGGAACUUAAUUUCUUUUAG